CAAACUGUUGCUGACUAGUCAUCGUCAUCAUAGCCUACCUGUGCUCUCACUUACAAAUAGAUAGUCAAAUAGUUGUUGGGUUUUUCACCGUAAAGUUUUCCAGUAUUUAACACACAAAACAAUGGCACAUACCUAUCAUCAAACCAGUUAUAAGGCACCGGGAGUCUGGCAACAAGGCUACAGUGGUCAGGUACCGCACGGCGGACCCGUAUUGGGCGGUAACGAUGUCAAUGGCGAGUCCUUAUACGUCGGUCGGGCCAUCGAAUCGGGCGACUGUAUACCCGGCAAAGUAGUCCCGUCGCACGGCUGCUGUUACGUAGCAUUUGCCGGCCAAGAACACUCCCACCGGGACUACCAGGUACUGACCAAUCCGCACGGUGCCAGCCUGGUAUGGGUACCCGCUGCUAACGGCGAAGUACCUCUCGGGGCCAUCCAAGGUGGCCAACAAAGCGACGGCGAACGGCUAUACAUUGGCCGGGCCUAUCACGAAGGAUCGAUGGUUAUCGGCAAAGUUCACCCGAAUCAUCGGACACUGUAUGUAUCGUUUGGCGGCAAUGAGGUGGCCAUACAUCACUACGAGUGUCUGGUAUGCCGUGAGAUCAACCAUGUGAGAGCACCGUUAGCUCAAACAAACAGUGUUCCUGUACUACCUGUUCCCUGUCUAUCACAACCACUACUACAUCAAUCAAUAAUAAUGGGCGAAUGGCAUCCGUACUCUGGCGGCAACGUACCCGGCAAUGCAGUGGCCGGCGGUAACGAUACCAAUGGUGAAACCAUAUUUGUCGGCCGUGCACACGAAUCGGGCGAUUUGAUACCCGGUAAAAUCGUACCGUCCCAUGGUGUAUGCUAUGUACCCUAUGAUGGCCAGGAACGGGCACAUCGAACCUACGAAUAUCUGGUCGCACCGAGCUACGGUUCGCUGGUAUGGCGAUCGGCCGGUAACGGUGGUAUACCAUCGGGUGCCGUACACGGUGGCCGUAUGUCAUCGGGUGAACCCCUAUUCAUUGGCCGGGCCUAUCACGAAGGUUCGUGGGUUAUCGGCAAAGUACAGCAAAGUCAUCAGGUUCUGUAUGUACCCUAUGGUGGCAACGAAAUAGCCAUUCAUAGCUAUGAAGUACUGGUUGAACAGUACUAAGAAACAUAACCUACCGGUGCUGCUCUACCGAUAAACAUGUAGUCAACAACAAAAAAAUUGUUGUUUUUUUAUAUUAAUUAUAAUAAUCAUUAUUUUUUUUGUUUGAAUUAAUUAUUUGUUGAUAAAUUAAGCGCUUAUUUUUAAAAAUAUUUUGUUUUUGUUUGUUAUAUAUACUUAAAAAAAAAAAAAAAAAAUUAGUAAAAUUAUGUUUUUUUUGCUAAUGAC